CUCAAGGACAAUAUUCAUAUAUGCAGGAAUGGCCCAACGGCCUCCUCUUCAGCUGCUGAAAUCCGGAACAGGCUGAAUUGUCCACCAGGGUCCACGCUCUGGCAGAGAGCUGUUCCAGAACCAUCCCACUCCUAAAAUGGGGUCGCCCAAAUAUUGGCCUCAGACAAGUCUGAUUCGUCGCUAUAGCGAGGAGUGCAACACUAUUAUCAUGCGGCCUAACCGGAUUCCACGAUAGUUGCCCACUCUUUGACCCAACCCCACAGGAAGGCAUUGCAUCAGGCUCCCUCCCCCCGGCUGUCUAAACGGCGUUUGUCUUUAUCUGGCGCCGUGGCUUGACUUCUUCCCGUGGCUCCCAACAUUCUACGGAGUAAUACACUACCAAUACCAAGUUCAACAACCGGGAACCACAGGGACGACAAUAGGUAUACACGCCGUAUGACGAGAUGGUAAUCACCACAUACCAGCUCAAUGGAGAAUCACAAGCUCCGACCGCCCAGUACCAGCCCUAUUCCUCUCAGACCUCAUCUGGACCUUUGCCCGCAAAUACCGCACCCAGCAACCCCCCCGACGGAAUUACGGUGAACUCGCAGGCGAGCUGGGGAGGAUAUGGCCAACAGCAGUCAGAACCAGGUCCGCAAAUUCACGAGCUAACAGCCAGCAGCGGUCCGCCUCAGACCCCUGCCCAGCCAGCCGUUCAAAGUGCGGCGCUGUCGCCAGGAACCUUUCCUAUUGUAGCUCAAUAUGCCACUCUUCACGCCACUCUCCAAGCACAGCAGAAGAUAACCUCCCAGCACAACCUGAGCCAAGUGUCAGAUAAUGCGGCCCAAGUCACCCCAGUCCAGCCACCCACCUUUACAGGAGUAUACCAGGCUCAACCACAACCCCCCACACAAAUACAAGCCACACAAGUACCCCAGGUAGUCUAUGCUGCUCCGUCACCCCCUACCGAGUUGCCAGCCCAAGGAGUCCAACUGGUCGCUGCAAACCAAUACACGUAUGUGGCGCAACAAGCACCAGUCCAACAAGUUCAAGGCCUUCCAUCCACUGCUCCGCUACAGGCUCAAGCAACCACCCUCGUUCAGGCCCAGAGUCCCGCAGCUUAUGGCGGCCUCCAAGGGAACGUCUCGGUCUAUCAACAACCCCAGUCCGCCCCAGGACUCUUAGAGCAAACCGCGUACCAGCUACCCGCAGCUCAGUUGCAGUACAUACCCACGCCAUCCACGGGCCCAGUAAUUCCGCAAGUCGACGUCCCGUUCUUCGAAGCUCCCCCGACAUCUGCUGCCGCCCAGAACCAGCGGACUUCAAAGAUAUGGAGCAAAGAGUCAGCCAGGAACGCCUCCAAGACGGCAUGGAAGCACAGCAAGAACUUCCUCGUCAAGACAAACGACGUGGUCGAGAAGGUCAUCGCCCCCAUCAUGCCCAUACUGACGAUGGCGGAUCCCGAGACUGCGGCGGCGUACCGGUUGCAGCAGCAGUUGAAGGCGGGGGUCCAGGCCCAAAGCCGACAGAACCAGUCUCUGAGGCCCGGGGCAUCGGCCGGUCCACAGCCAGCCAUGCAGCAGCAGAUCGUUGGUGUGGAUAACCUGGGUCCGCUUAUCGCCAUGUUGCAGGCUGCUGCUCAGACGGGCGACAUGCAAGGACAGCAGUCUGGAGGUGGCUCGGAGGCGGUCUUGCUAGCGGCUCUGCUUCAGCAGCAGAUCCAGCAGCAGCAGCAGAUCCAGCAACAGCAGCAGAUCCAGCAGCAGCAGCAGCAACAGCAGCAGCAGCAACAGCAGCCACGAACAUCACUGCAGACGCAGCCAAACCGCAAGCCCGUCCCGUCGGCGGCGACUAACAACGCCCCUGUGGUUCAGAACUCGGGACCUCCUCCUGUUGGCACAGCACCAGGGGCCCCAGGAAGCGCGCAGAACCAGGGUGCCCCCGUUCCUUCGCUUGAAACCCUCCUUGCUGCGCUUGCCCUUCAUGCCCAGAACUCCCAAGCCCAGAACUCCCAAGUCCAGAACUCCCAAAGCCAAGUACAACAACAGCAACAACAAGCCAACCCCGCCGCAACCCAGCCGCCCGCCCAGCAACCACCACCCAGGACCCAACCCAGGACACCACCAACUGGGCCCACCACCGCGCCCGCGUCUUCGGCAUCCAAGACAUCCUCCUACCCCCACAGCACAACCUCUCCUCCCCAAGCCGGACAAUCCUAAGGGGCGACAUCCACCCCACCAUCCUCGGCGGCUCCUCCCCGGCCCACUUCGAGAUCGAGCUC